CUGAACUUCCAAGGGCGGCUGCGACAGGACUGGGGCCAGGCCGUGCCGUCGCAGCGCCUGGGGUCGCUGCAUGCUGCGGGAAUCAGCUGCCGGCCUCCCCCCCCCCCACUAAAACAACCUUUCUGUCCCCUCUCUCUCCAGGAAAGCGAGGACGGCAUCGAAGGAGAUGCCGUGCUCUCGGAUUACGAAAGCGCAGAAGACUCGGAGGCAGAGGAAGAGGAUUACAGCGAGGAAGAAAGCGCGAAAGUGGAAUUGAAGCAGGAUAGCAACGAUUCCUGCGAGUCCGCAGCGAAAGCAGAGAAAGGGGACGAGAAACCCGACGCCAAAGGUGCUGUAACCGGUGAGAGGCAAAGCGGGGACGGGCAGGAGAGCACCGAGCCCGUUGAGAAUAAAGUCGGGAAAAAAGCCCCCAAGCACCUGGACGAUGACGAGGACCGCAAGAACCCGGCCUACAUCCCACGCAAAGGGCUCUUCUUCGAGCAUGACCUGCGAGGGCAGACGCAGGAGGAGGAGGUCAGGCCCAAGGGUCGGCAGCGGAAGCUGUGGAAGGACGAGGGCCGCUGGGAGCACGACAAGUUCCGGGAGGACGAGCAGGCCCCCAAGACCAGGCAGGAGCUGAUCGCGCUCUACGGCUACGACAUCAGGUCGGCUCACAACCCCGACGACAUCAAGCCGAGGAGGAUGCGCAAACCCAGGUUUGGGAGCCCUCCUCAGCGAGACCCCAACUGGUCCGGCGAGAGGCCGAGCAAGCCCCCGAGGCACCAAGGCGCAGACAGCGCUUCGGCUCCCCCGCGAACCUUCACCAGCAGGAGCUCUGCGGGAACGGGGAGGAUGCCCCCACCCAGGAACUACCCGAGGAUGGGGGGCUACAAAGAGACCCGUCCGGGCUACCGAGCCUCGGAAGCCAGCGUGCCGCACCUCUCUCGAAACGGCGAGCAGGCGAAGCAGGAGGCCGGCUACCGAGCGAAGCGCGCCGAGCAGACCCCGCCGAGGGCCAAGUCCCCGGAGCUGGAAGCGGCGCACGUCCACGGCAGCCCCGGGAAGGAGGAGGUUGCUCUGGAAAACCAGCCCCCGAGCGCCGACGCCGCGCAGCCGCCGCCGGACAGACCCGUCGAGAAGAAGUCUUACUCCCGGGCGAGGAGGACCAGAGCCAAAGCUGGGGACGCGGGGAAGGCGGCGGAUGAAGCGCCUGCUUCGGAAGGGCUGGCUCCCGUGCCCCCGAAACCUGCGCAAGCCGAGGCGUCCCCCCCGCCAGCCAAGAGCAGCAGCUGGGAGUCGCCGGUGGAAUCCGGCUUGGAUGGACUGGAGCAAGAGAUGACGCAGAUGAACCUCGCGGAGCAGAGCUGGGCUCCGGGGCAGUCGCAGUUCAUCCAGCCCCGGGAGCUGAGGGGCAUUCCUAACCAUAUGCACGUGGGAACGGGGCCGCCGCCUCAGUUUAACAGGAUGGAGGAAAUGGCGGUGCAGGGGGGCCGCGUGAAGCGCUACUCAUCGCAGCGGCAGAGACCGCCGGUGCCAGAGCCUGCCCCCCCCAUGCACAUCAGCAUCAUGGAAGGGCACUACUACGACCCACUACAAUUCCAGGGACCAAUCUACACCCACAGCGAGAACCCGGCCCCGCUGCCGCCCCAGGGGAUGAUUGUGCAGCCAGAAAUGCAUCUCCCUCAUCCAGGUUUACACCCCCACCAGACGCCAGCCCCGAUGGCAAACCCCGGCCUUUACCCUCCGCCGGUCUCCAUGCCUCCGGGCCAGCCCCCGCCGCAGCAGCUGCUUGCACCGACUUACUUCUCCCCGCCUGGAGUCAUGAAUUUUGGGAACCCCGGCUACCCCUACCCCCCGGGAGCGCUGCCCCCGCCGCCCCCUCCUCACCUCUAUUCCAACACGCAGGCGCAGUCCCAGGUGUACGGCGGGGUCACGUACUACAACACUGUCCAGCAGCAAGUGCAGCCCAAACCUUCGCCGCCGCGAAGGACGUCCCAGCCGGUCACCAUCAAGCCGCCGCCUCCCGAGGACAGCAAAAGUGAAAAAUCAAAGGAGAGGAGCAACACGUAGGGACGUGGCCGUGGAAAUCCCAGCGCCGGACCUGGCACCUCGGCGAGGAGGAAGCUCCGUCCCGGAGAAGGCUCCUUCCCCGUGCGUAGGUGAGGCGGCGGGAUGAAAUCAGCUGCACCGUCUUCUGCUCAGGGCCAGGCACCUUCCCUCCCCGGUUUUACUGGUGCCCUCCUGAAAUCCAUCUCUCACCGCUGCUCGUCGGCCCUCCUUCCCCCUGGGGCACCGAGGUCACCGCAGUACCAGCCGCUGGGGUCGCUCCGUGGCCACCAGCCUCGCGACUUCUCUCUUUUAGUAACCGUCUGCCCUUUUCCCUUUCUCUAAGAUGUUAAACUCAACUGCUUGAUUGUGGUCUCCGUUUUUAUUUAAGAAAUGAACCAGCUCCUUCAGUAAAGCUGCUUUGUUUCUUUUGGGUA